CUGCUGUCGUCGCAUUCGUCGAGAAUCGAACCACCAGGCACGAAUGCGGCACCAAAGUUUUUACGCGAGGGACACACGGCACGUUAAUUGAGCAGCAGCAACAGAGAAACAUAAACAAAGUGUUGGAAGCCUGGGGUUUGUCUUUGUUUAUGAUUUCCACUACGUGGCACGGAGUUAUGAUAGUAAUUCAAGUAUAUUCUAUUAUUGCCCAUCAUACAGUAAUGCAAUUUUGCAAAGUUAUUUUUCAAGAAUGAGAUCAAGAACGGCAAUGAUUUAAACAUGGUUCGGUGCAAGAAAAAAUAUAUCUUUAAUGGAUUUGUGUUAGCUGUAAUAACAACUACAAUCGUCUACGUGUACAUAAGUAGCUCAGAAAAUCAGAACAAUGUAGAUUACAAACAUCCACACGGUGCACACUUACGGAUUAUCCCAAAGAGGCGGAAGCCCGAAGAAUACAAUAUUCCUGAUCAUCUUCACAUUCCGCCAUGGAAAGAAUUCCAGAAAAAGAACAUGAUACUCCCAGACACCGGUGAUGUGGUCAAAGGGAAAAAUAUUAAAGAUAUUAUUGAUAGUGGCAAUAUACAAAAAGACAAUUUCUUUCCACUAAAAGAUGGUGAAUUGGGGCUAAUCCGUACGGAAGAGGAUCGCAGGUUAAGAGAUGAGGGCUACAAAAAACAUGCGUUUAAUGAAUUUAUAAGUAACAGGAUUGGAAACCACCGUGAUAUAAAAGAUUCAAGGAAUAGCCUAUGUACAGGAUUAAGUUAUCCAAUUAAUUUGCCAAAAACAAGUAUAAUAAUUUGUUUCUUCAAUGAAGCAUGGUCAACAUUAUUACGGACUAUAUAUAGCGUACUUGAUCGAACUUCACAUUUGUUAUUACAAGAAAUUAUACUUGUUGAUGAUUUUAGUGAUAGUGUUCAUUUGAAGAGUAAGUUAGAUGAUUAUGUUCGCCAGAACUUAGCUCCACUUGUACAUGUUGUUCAUAACAGAAAGCGUGAAGGACUGAUAAGAGCACGUAUGGCUGGUGCCGCUAAUGCAACCGGCGAUGUUCUCAUGUUCUUAGACAGUCAUUGUGAGGUAAAUACAAACUGGCUGGAACCACUGUUGACUGAAAUUAAAAAGAACAGAAAGUCGGUUGUAGUACCUAUAAUUGAUAUAAUCAAUGCAGAUACGUUUGAAUAUACAGCGUCCCCACUAGUAAAGGGGGGUUUUAACUGGGGGUUACAUUUCAAGUGGGAUAACAUGAGAUUAGAUCAUUCGAAUAAAAAAUCCCUUAUACAACCUGUCAGAUCACCAAGCAUGGCUGGCGGGCUAUUCGCAAUGGAUAGGAAGUAUUUCUAUGAGUUGGGUGCCUAUGAUGAGGGUAUGGAUAUAUGGGGUGGCGAAAAUCUUGAAAUAUCAUUUAGAAUAUGGCAAUGUGGAGGUACGCUUUUAAUUAUACCUUGUUCUCGUGUCGGUCAUGUGUUUCGUAAACGUCGUCCAUAUGGCUCUCCAACUGGUGGCGACACAACAACAAAGAAUUCAAUCAGAGUUGCUGAAGUGUGGAUGGAUGAAUAUAAGGAGCAUUUUUACAACGUGAAACCUAGUGCACGUAAAAUAGAAUAUGGUGACAUCAGCAGUAGGCUGGCACUGAGAGAGCGACUACAAUGCAGACCAUUUAAGUGGUACCUGGAUAAUAUUUAUCCUGAACUCUCACUACCAACUGAUAGUAACCCUAAACAAUUAGCAAGACCAAAAAAGAAACCAAUAGUAGCAAGACAAAAGGGCCAGCUUAUGAACAUAGGCCUCAGGCAGUGUUUGGAGUCGUCUGGCGCUGUGAUGGAUAAGGGUUCUCAUGCGGUUCUACGUCAAUGUGCUAGAUUCCAGCCUAAAAGCCAGUUAUGGACAGAAUCUGAGAACCAUGAGCUCUUGUUAGCAGACCUCCUGUGUCUUGAUAUGUCUGAAGUUGAUAGCUCUGCACCACCGCGUCUCAUGAAAUGCCACGGCACUAGAGGAUCUCAAGAAUGGCACUUCUCAGGGAAACGAAUAUAUCAUGUAGCUUCCGGUCAGUGUUUGUCUUACAAGAUGCAGAAUGGAAGAAUGUACGGUGCUAUGGUCAUCUGUAAGAAUGAUCCGGAUCAAGAGUGGAGGUUUGUGACUAGUGCGGACCUGUGAGGACGAAUAGUUAACUGUGAUAAUGCUUGAUAGGAUUAACACUAAGGUGAAACAAACAGGAUAUAAUGUAUUGAUGGGUGAAGGAUAGAAUUUAAUGUAAUCAUUAUAAUUUAAAUCGGAAUGACACAAUCAUGAUUGUUGUGAUUAUAAUAGUAAUAGAGGUACCAAAUGGAAGGAAGAAUAUACAAGAUCUACUAAGUCCCCCCCCCCCCCCUCCC